AUGAAUUUAGCCGAUGCUUCGAAGGUAGUUGGGUCGACCGGGAGUUACGUGGAUAUUCCAAAGAACGCGAAACGGAUUGGGUAUAACAGUACACCUUAUCUCAUAGUCAGCCCUCACUCUGACUUGAACAAAACAACGAUCUUCAUUUACUUUCAUUCGUUAGACGAACACUUUGUGAGUGCUAUUGAGUCGAUAGAUGUCAUUGCGGAAGUCACCAAGAUCCCCAUCAUCACUUUUGAAUAUGUCGGGUUCUAUCAAGACAGUAAAUUCACGCCUGGUAACUUCUUAUGUGAAUUACUUGAUAUGUUUGAUUUGGCCAUUCACACCAAUGAAGUUGAAAAUGUGUUUUUUAUAGCGUCUGGGGAAGGUGCGAUGGCUGCAAUGGAAUUGAUUGAUUCGUGUCGAAAACAGAAGCAAAGUGUUGGUGGGUGUGUCUUUCUCAAUCCAUGUGGCGUGAAAGCGUCGAAUUACAAGUCAAACAAAUAUUCGUCCAUUUUCUUACACUCCGACCUUCCUGACCAAAAGAAGAACUCGUCGCGAUUAUCCAAAAAGUUCAAGUCGGCAAAGUGUUAUAGUUUCCGCACACAAUUAAAGAACAUUAUAAAAGAAGAGACUGACAAUGUUAUCUCUUACAUCACUGAAAUGGUUUCGAAAACAACGGGCGUCAAGUCUUUUUCAAAUGAGUCGUUGGUCUUCGACAAGCCAUCAAUAUAUAAAGAACCCAUCGAUGUGUUACGUGACACUAUAACGGAUGAAGAGACGUGUCAAAUAUUAAUAGCAAAUGGCUUCUUCUCGUUAGAUGUUAUUCAACUGAUGUCAAUCGACGAACUCAAAAAUUUGCUCUUCCCACUCGACCUUACUCCAGAGAAGAAAAACAAUGUGAUUAUGAUCAUUACAGAGACUAUUCGAAAAUUGAAUAAUAGGUCUUCAGACAAUUUGGCGCCUUCAUCUUCGUUGGUCGCGUCAUCAACAACAACACCACAAAUCUAUGUCCCCGAUCCUUUCUCAAAAUUCGAAUGUACUCAACAUAAAGAGCGACUCUCUCUUAAAAUAGGCGAACCACUGAUCGACAGACUCAUCCAAUCCCAUGGCAAUCAAACCCCACAAAUCCUCGUGCAAUCAAAACGAAGAACAAAGCCAAAACAAGUCUCUGAAUCAAUUCCUUUCGUGCCAUUGACCAUUUCUUUUUGCUCAGAGUCAAAACCAGAAGAGUCAGCUAGUGAUGUCCUUCAAAAGAGAAAACCAAAACAAGCAAAAAGAAGAGGAGGCAGUUGGAAGCCAACAGAUGGUCCUAUUCUGUAA